AUGUUGAAUCUGAGGGUGGGUGAAAAACGUUUCAGAGCACUCGCUCAGACCUCUCGCUCAGGCAAGUGUUCACGUCUCGGACGUUUUCUCGACCGAAUCAGAACCACGACGACGACUCCCGCGGCGACGCCGUCGCCACACCGAACGACGUCUCCGCCCCGCGCGCGCGUCAUCGCGUCGAACGCCCUCCUGAGACCCAUCCCCUCGCCCGUCAUGCUCGCUCGCGGAGGCGGCGGCGCUUCGACGCGCAAGAAAAAACACCGCGCGUCGUCUCGAGAUUUCACGACGAGCGCGCGCGCCUCGGACGCGGAGACGUCGUCGUCGUCGUCGUCGUCCUCCUCCUCCUCCUCCUCCUCCUCCUCCUGCUCCAUCUUCUCGCUCCGCGACGCGUGCUCGUCGACGGAGGGCGUGGGAAGCUGGAACGACCUCUCCGCCGCGGAGGCGACGCGCGACGACGACGACGACGACGACGACGACGACGCCGUCGCCGUCGCGCCCGCCGCCCCGCCGCGCGAAUCUCAACAACAUUCGCGCGCGAACGACGACGACGACGACGACGACGACGGCGGCGACCGCGCGACGACCGUCGCGUCCACGGCGACGUCGCACAAGUCCUCCGCGUCCUGGGACGUCGUGAGCGUCUCCGAGCUCUCCUCGCGCUCGGUCUCGCCGCCGACGGGGCUGGGGGACAGCUCCGCGGGGGACGUUCCCUCGUUCGCGUCGGCGACGUCGAUCGAGGACGACGAACCGAGGGCGAGGGCGACCGCGAUCGUGAAGCAGAUCGUCACCCUCGCCGCGGAAGCGUUCGCAUCCCAGAAUGCCUGGAGCUCCGACGACGACGACGCGGAGGAGACCGAGUCCGAGACGGAAAACGACGAGAACGCCGCCGCCGCCGCCGCCGCCGCCGCCGCCGCCGCGUCCGCCGCCGCGUCCGCCGUCCCGACGCCGACGCCGCUCCCCGUGGACGCGCUCGCGGACUUCAUCGCCCAUGGAAUUACGACGACGACGACGACGACGAUCGAACGCGACGACGACGAAGCGGACGACGCCGACGAGGAGGAGGAGGAGGAGGAGGAGGAGGAGGAGGAGGAGGAGGAGGAAGAGGAGGACGGCGACGACGAAGCGUCCGCCGCCGCCGCCGCCGCCGCCGACGCGUGCGCGUACCACACCGUCGAGGUCGAGGACUCCUGGGUCGACGUCCGCCGCGGGCUCCUCCCCGACCACCCCGCGGCGUCGCCGCCUCCCGCGGGCGUGCUCCAGCGCGUGCAGAGCGCGCUGAGGCGCGUUCUAGCCGCCGCGGACGCGUCGCUCGCGGCGGUCGAGACCGUCUGCGCUCCCGACGCGGACGGGCGACUUUUUCGCGCGAUGUUCGAGUUGUUCACGAAAGUCGGCGCUAACGUCCGCAAGGCGUGCGUUUAUACCGUUUCGUCCACGACGAAGCUGACGCGCACUCCCGCGUGGGACGCGGACGCGAUGGACUACGCCGCGGGGAUCGUCGCCGCGGGAAUCGGCGUCGGAUGCGGCGUCGUUUGCGUCGUCGGCGUCUUCGAGUUUGGGAAAUUCUGCGGCGUUCGCACGAACGGCGACUGGAUCGCCGCGCGGUACUCUUGA